AUGGAGAACCUCUCCUUCCCUGAGCUCAAUUCCUCGUGUCUGGCUGGACCUGGGGGCUGCGCAGCAAGAGGGGACGGGGGACUGAAUACGUCUGCUCCCCUGCUGAUCCCCAGCUUCUACAUCACGGUGCCUGUCAUCUACUCCUUCAUCUGUGCUGUGGGGUUGACGGGCAACACUGCCGUCAUCUAUGUAAUCCUCAAAGCCCCGAAGAUGAAGACGGUUACCAACAUCUUCAUCCUCAACCUGGCCAUAGCUGACGAGCUCUUCAUCUUGGUGUUACCCAUCAACAUUGCUGACUACCUGCUCCUACAGUGGCCCUUUGGCGAGUUCAUGUGCAAGCUUAUCAUCUCCAUAGACCAGUACAACACCUUCUCCAGCAUCUACUUCCUCACUGUUAUGAGCAUUGACCGCUAUCUCGUGGUGGUGGCCACUACCAAGUCCAAGAAGAUGUCCUACCGAACCUACCGAGCAGCCAAGAUAGUCAGCCUCUGUGUCUGGUCCUUCGUCACUGUCAUCAUCCUGCCCUUCACCAUCUUUGCUAAGAUACACAAGGAACAGGGGCGCUCCCAGUGUGUCUUUGUGUUCCCCCACCCUGAGAGCGUGUGGUGGAAAGGCAGUAGGAUCUACACACUCAUUUUAGGUUUUGCCAUCCCAGUGUCCACCAUCUGUAUCCUUUACACCUCCAUUCUGUACAGGUUGAGACAUAUGCACCUCCACAGCAAUGCAAAAGCCCUGGACAAAGCCAAAAAAAAAGUGACCCUGAUGGUAGUUGUCAUCUUGGCUGUAUGUCUGUUCUGCUGGACGCCCUAUCACCUUAGUACAGUGGUGGCCCUCACCACAGACAUCCCACAAACUCCACUGGUUAUUGGGAUUUCCUACUUCAUCACUAUCUUAAGUUAUGCCAACAGCUGCUUCAACCCUUUCCUAUAUGCCUUUCUGGAUGACAGUUUCCGGAAGAACUUUUGCAAACUGAUAGACUGCAGAACCACUUCAUAGAGCCCAUUCUCUGUCCCCUCCUGUAUGACUGCUGUCACUAUCAUCU